ACCUUUUCCAAUCUUUCACCACUCUCCCUAUUCGUACGUUUCUCCCAAUCUUUGUUGUUAAGUUUCUUUAGCUCCCAAAAUACCAAAUCUCCUUCCUCCUUAUUUUCAGGAUUUUCUGAGGAAUAUAGUGUAGUUCCUGGAUCCCUAAUAAUGGCCAAUUCCGAGGAAUCGAGUCCUCUUUUGCCUAAGCAACAAGAGUCUAAAGUGGAAAAAGACCUCAGCCAGAAUGAAGCUGUUUACCCCACCAAAUCCGCCGACGGCAAGGCGCCCGAUGCAGCUAAGAAAUCAGCUCCUCCCAUUCCGAUGAGUUGGACCGCCAAUGGUCUGCCACUCAGCCAUGGGAGCGUCAUGGGGGAGCCUAUGAUGGGUAGGGCCCACUGGGACUCCAGCCUCUGCGCCUGUCUGGGCAGGAAUGAUGACUUUUGCAGCAGCGAUCUUGAAGUUUGUCUGCUAGGAAGUGUGGCACCUUGUGUUCUCUAUGGUAGCAAUGCUGAAAGACUUGGAUCAGCGCCAGGGGCUUUCGCAAAUCACUGCUUGCCUUACACAGGUCUGUACCUGAUUGGGAAUUCCCUUUUUGGCUGGAACUGCUUAGCACCCUGGUUUUCAUACUCCAGCCGUACUGCUAUCCGCCGAAAGUUCAAUUUGGAGGGAAGCUGUGAAGCGCUUGCCAGAUCAUGUGGGUGCUGUGGAAGCUUUGUGGAGGAUGAGGCGCAACGUGAGCAGUGUGAAACAGCCUGUGACUUCGCAACCCAUGUCUUCUGCCAUGCAUGCGCCCUUUGUCAGGAAGGUCGUGAGGUUCGUCGCAGGCUUCAUCACCCUGGAUUCAAUGCCCAUCCAGUCUUGGUCAUGAUUCCACCAGGAGAGCAGAUUAUGGGCCGAGGAGCCUGAAUAUGAUGCCUGAAUAACUUGCAAAAUUUGAAUGUCAGUUUAUUUUGUCUGUUUGAUAUGUAUAAAUAAAUAAACAUCUAUGAAAACUUUAAAGACUUGUAAGUUUGUAUUGGCCAAGUCUAUGUACUUUUCGAGUGAAUGAUCCUAGGAGUAUUAUUUACAACUUGCA